AUGGGCGCAGGUGAGGCGCAAUGGGGGGAGGGCGCACAGGCAGUGAGGGGAACCGCGCAGAGUGUCCAGGGAGGCGGGGAGGGAGCGGGAAAGGCGCCAAGCUGGUUGGGCAGACACACAGGCGCUCAGCCUGUGAAGCAGGACGGACUUGCAGAGGUUCAUGAGGUUCGGCAGGAGGUUUGGCAAGAGGCUGGGGAGGAAGGGCGGGAGGAGGGAUGGCGAAAACCUAUGCUGAAGCAUUGGAAGAAGCAGGAGGUGCAGCAGCAGGUACAGGAGGAGGAACAGGCAGAGGAGGAGGUACAGGCAGAGGAGGAGGUACAGGCAGAGGAGGAGGUACAGGCAGAGGAGGAGGUACAGGCAGAGGAGGAGGUGCCUAGAACCAUGGUGCAAGCCGCGACAUGCUUCUUGAGGCAACCGGGAGUGCUGCUAGGCAUAGCUGCCACGCUCUCUGCCACCUGCUUGCGAGCCAUGCACCCUCACUGGGGGGUCCUAGAUACUGCUGUCGCUGCAGCAGCCGUGUGCUGGUGGCUCCUGCAGGAGUGGGUGCUGCAUGCGAAGUUGCUACACAGCUCCUUCCCCUGGUGGGGCCGGUCUAUUCAUGCGAAGCAUCACAGGCGGCCAUACCAUCAUGUGUCGGUUGACAAGCCGGACGUGGUCCUCCCAGUCGUUGCCGGUGCUGCCAUUGUAUCUCGCCUCAUUCUUGGGGCAUCGACUCUUUCGCUGACUGCUCUCAUGGCCUACUAUCUUAUGGCUAUCACAUAUGAGUGGACUCACUUUCUGUAA